GGGAGUUUCAUCCAAAUCACCCGGUCUCUCAUUUUUCCAGUAGAUAUUUUCUUUUUCGCUUGAAGGCGAGUUUGACCCGGAGAAUCGGCGGCUCUCUCUCUCUCUCUCUCUCUCUUUUGGGUUUAGUCACUCAACUCGCCGUCUCAUCUCCGCUCUCAAAAUCCAAACCUUAUUUGGGUUUCCAUUGGCCGGGCCAGAUCGCGACGGCCGUCCCGUCUGAUCCCGACCCUCCGAUUUUCCCGCUGUCUGGUCUGAUAUCACCGGGGCUAUGUCGACACAAACGCCUCCGCCUGGGUGGCGCCCUACCUACGAUACCUGCCAUGAGGUGUCACAACUCUGCCCCGUUCAAGCCACGACACUCGGCUACUAUCCUAAUGAGGGCGUCAACAUCUUUCUCGCCAUCGCAUAUGGUUUGGCCGCAUUGGUCACCAUUGUCAUUGGCGUCUGGAAGAGGACCUGGGGUUACUCUCUCGCCGUCGGGGCCGGAUGCAUUCUAGAGUUCGCCGGCUACAUUGGCCGUAUCCUUUUGUCCAAGAACCCCUGGAACGACGGGGCGUUCAAGCUGCAAAUUGUCGCCAUCAUCCUCGGGCCCACCCUCAUCUGCGUCGGCCUAUAUUUUACUCUGAAGCACGCCGUGCUCGCCCUCAACCGCUCCCUCAGCCGCGUCAAGCCACGCCUGUACCCCUUGUUCUUCGUCCCCGCCGAUGUCUCCUGCCUUGUCAUCCAGGCCAUCGGCGGCGGCAUUGCUGCGUCCGCCGGGCGAGACAAGUACGAUCUUCUCCAGCACGGCAACAGAACCAUCAUGGCCGGCAUCGUGCUCCAGGUAGUCGUCCUGGCUGCUUUCGGCGCCCUCGGGGCCGACUACCUGUUCCGGACCGGCCGGUCCUUCAAGAGCGGCGCUGUGGCGCCCGAGCACCGGGCUGGCGCAGCCCUCUGGGCAACUAGGAAGUUCCGCAUGUUCUUGUGGGCCAUCGGGAUCGCUUACACCACCCUGCUGAUCCGAUGUAUCUACCGUAUCGCCGAGAUGGCCGGUGGCUGGGGCAACCACAUUAUGCAGGACGAGCCCUCGUUCAUCGUGCUCGAGUCCUUCAUGGUCCUGAUCGCGAGCGCCUUGCUGGCCGUGUUUGCGCCGGGCAUCUUCUUCCCGCAGAUGUCGCACAGUUAUGUGGCCCCCGAGGACGAGAAACGGCCGCAGACCGAGAGCGACUCGGCCGGGACCGAGAUGGAACAUGUCUAGUCUAGCUGCGAUAGCAGAGCAUUGAAGAUAGACCAGGAUAGCAGGGCAUUGGAUGUUGCAGGAUAGACGUCAGGGAUGGCUAUAUAGGGCAGGGUUUGCUGUGG